AUACUUAUUACUUUUUCACAAUCCUAACAAAUGCCCAUGUCUUUUUGUAACAAUGGCAUCAAUAAGAAGCAAUCUCAAUGGCGAUUUCCCCUAGAAGGAUUUUGCACCUUUUUAAUUGAUGAUUUUCUCGAAAAAUCUUCUCACUCAUAACUGAGAAUUUCCCUAAGAAGGCUUCUGAUUCUUCUCUGACGAUUUCCCCGAGAAGGUUUCUACAAUUCCUAACUGACGACUUCUCCGAGAAGGAUGUCUGAUUCUAAUUCUGAUUCUGAUUCAACAACAUCACCCAUAGGCGCACCAGAAGCAGCAGUGCCAGUGGUUGGAGCAAUUUCUUUGAUUGGAAGAAGAAAUUCAAUGGAAGAUGCGAUAUCUGUUUGGCCAAAUCUUUGCUCCCCUUAUAUCAAUCAACAUCGCCCUAUUGAUUUCUUUGCUGUUUACGAUGGACAUUGUGGACCUCAUGUUGCUGAAUUGUGUAGAGAUAGAAUGUAUCUUAUACUACUACAAGAAUUGAUGAUGGCGAAGACCAUCAUAACUGGUAGCAGCAGCAGCAACAACAACAACAACACCCGUCUGAGCCAAAAACAAUUGGAACGGGAGAGGGUUAAGGAGAUGUGGAAACGGGUGUUGAAGAGCUGCUUCGAGAGAAUUGAUGAGAUGGCGUUUGAUACGUGCUAUAAGUGUGGUAUAGGUGUUCCUUGUGGCUGUCCACCACAUUACUAUGGAAUAGGAGGCUCCACUGCUCUACUCACAAUUCUAACUGAAAAAACUAUUAUUGUGGCUAAUUGCGGAGAUUCACGCGCCGUUCUUUGCACUGGUGGGAGAGCCAUACCUCUAUCUAUUGAUCACAAGCCAGACAGACCAGAAGAACGUGCUAGAAUUGAGGCAUGUGGAGGCCAUGUUGAUUUUGAUUGUUAUGCACGAGUUCUAGGAAUACUGGCUAUGUCUCGUGCAAUAGGAGCCAAGUAUCUAAAGGAAUAUAUCACAUCCGAGCCAGAGUUUACAUUCACAAAAAGGGAAGCAGAAGAUGAGUUUUUAAUCCUUGCUAGUGAUGGUUUAUGGAAGGCUGUAUCAAAUGAUGAUGCGUGUAAGGUGGCGAGAGAAUGCCUUCAAAAAGAAAAGCCAUUUGGGAGUGGAGACGUAUUUUCUUCCCCAAGCAAUGCAGCAGCAGCGUUGCUUACUCGGCUAGCUAUGGGACGGGGUAGCCAAGAUAACAUAAGCGUUAUCGUUGUUGAUUUGAAGAUAACUUCUUGAGUUGAACAUCUUGGAUAGUUAGUGGUGAAUUUCUUAUUUGGAAAUGGUUUAUUGAGCUUUGCAUAAAAGUUUUUCUCUUAUUGAGGAAGCUAAUUAAAGACUAAAAUUUGUUUUUUUGUUAAGUUGAUUUUAGCAAGUAGCCUUUUAUGGCAAUGGAUGAUCUGAUAUUCAAUCUUAAUCUUGAUUAAUUUAGUUUAUCA